GUACCUGAUCCAGCCCAAAUCACAAACAACUGGAGUGGAGUUGUGUUUCUCACUUCUUUUGCAGAAGAGAUAUCAGAACGCUCGCGACAACGAAGAGAGAAGAUACCUAACCAACAAACUAAGCUUCAGCUGCUUUGACAAUGGCAUCUGCGAUGAUGAAAUCCUUCAGAGACGAGAACGCGAAAGAUAUGUCCGAUUCAGGAUGCCGUCCCUGCUGUUCCAUGCCGCAUGGAUACAAUUCAGUUUUGGCAGCAACACUGGCAACUUUGGCAUGGCUUCUCAGUUUCGUCUCGGUGACAAACUGCCACUUUCUCACCCCAGACUACCUAUACUGCCAUCCACCACCGACCCCAGAUCCCAAAUUUGGAUCUUGUGGCGAUUGUCAUUGCAUCAAUCUUGAUAAACCUUGUCCUAAUGGUCCAGGCGAGGUUCCAUUGACGCAAGUCCCUGAUGAUUGGUUGAAACAACUCAAAGCCAUGGAAACAACAAACCCCUACGAGAUGAAAUGCAACCCAUACAACACGACAGAAUACUUGAACUGCACAGAUCCUCCUCUGGUGGAGCGCCAAAUUGAGCUGUGGGAGACGGCUGUUUGCGGCCACCUCUACGACAUGAGCGCAUUGGAUGAGAAUCAGUGUCCGACACAGUAUGAAAUGGUCACGUACGAUAGCAAAGAAGCCAUGGAGGCAGCCGGGGCCGUCAUGACUCACUGGGGAGCGUGUGGCGCCUGCAGUACCAGCAAGGACUUGGCAGUUUAUCUAGAAUACCCUGAUCUGACCGGGAAAGGGCAGGAAUGCGCCAUCCGUGGACUCCCGAACUUUGGUGGGAGUUUCGCGCAAGGAAUAGAAUGUUUUCAGGAAGUUGGGUACACCUACAGCUGUGCUGAAAUGUGGAUGUACAAUGUAGAGAACACACGUGAUACAUGCUUUGAUGUUUGUGUCGAUUUCACAUUCCUGGGAGAUGGAAGCAACAAUGGACCCCCGCCCGAGUGUAAGAUUGCUAAUUGCCUGCUCUGCGAUGAACAAAUGUCAGGACCGUUCUUUCAGACUGUGGCGGCUCGGUCCAGGAGACGAUCAGGGUUGCUGUCUAAGAUUGUCCGGGCUUGCGAAGUCUUAUUGAUCGUUGAUCAUGAACCACCCUGCAAUGUUACUCGGCGCUCUCUAGGGCGCGAACUGCAGUCCAGUCAGAGAAUCACAGCACCACCCCAAUUCACAGAGCCCGAACCAACCGAAACCUGCGUCUUUAUCGACACAGAUCUCGGAUUGACUUCCUAUGAGUCAACAGAUACCAACAAUUGGCUCGUCCCAAAACUCUUUUUGUCGGCCGAGGAAGCAGAACGAAUCUCCAGCUACGACUCCUGCUUUGCCUACGAAUUCAACGGCGUCAUUUCAGGGUUUUGGCGAAACCAAAGGGAUAUUUUUGGCUCGGCAUACAAUGCAGCCAAUGCCUUUGGCUCCUUGGCAUUGAUUAUCGGGAUUAUCGGGUUGGUUUGUGUUUGGUGUUCCACUUGCAUUGCCUCUGGCAAUCGCUUUUGGACAACCAUGACACUCAUAUUUGGAACAUGUGGUGCGUUUAUGAUCCUGACACUGGUCUUCUUCGCCUCCAAAGUUUGUGAGAAUGGAUGCAAAAUGGGGUCUGCAGCCAUUACUGCCAUUGUGUCGGCGUUUGUCUGGUGGGGAGCUGCUGGGUUUUCCUUUGGCAGCAAGCCAGUCAACGAGGAAGUUCCCAGGGCCAACUGCUGUUGCUGCCCCACUAUCAAAUCUGCUUCUAAUUACAGCUCCAUUCCCGCAACAGCAGAGGAAGACGAAGUUGUUGAAGUCGAAAUUACAGAAACAACAAAUGCAAGCGGAGACGUUGUGAUUGAGAAAACCACAAGCUUUCCUGGAGGCAACAAGGUCGUGGAACGAACAACACAUAAAAAGAAUGCAGUUGAACAAACUCUGAAGGCGUCAACCAUCGGCACAGGCGACAUGCAACAAGAAUGAGAUAUCAACGACAAUCCACUUUGACUACAUGCUUCUUCGCAUUGUUGGUCGACAUGAUACGGAUAGUUUUGACUUGAUCGUCUUGGAUACGGAUACCAACUUUUUCUUUGUUGAACUCCUGCUGUUUCAGAAGUUUGUGUGUUACAUUUUUUGUCAAAGUAUGAGUGUGACCUGAUACUAGUAGCUAAGGCGACGUGAGCCAAAAUAACGUACGAUUGUUGUAG